AUGAAUACAAAUAACCAAGCUUCUCAAGAUUAUUCUGAUUUACCAAUGUAUCAGACUGGAAAUAAUUUCGCACCUUCACAUUUUCUUGAUAAUAAUAACAAUGACCAACAAACUCCUAUUAAUAAUAACGUAGGAAUGUCCAAUACCAAUACUAUAACUCCCAUCCUUCAAAGCGAUACAUUUGAAUUUUACUUUCCUUUACAAAACGAUGCACGCAUUUAUUACGUUACAUAUACCGAAUUACAUCAAUUUGAAAUUGCGCGACUCUUGAAUAAUGGAAUAAAUUUAUCUCGUAUUCCUGACCAUCAGUUUCCACAUCAUUAUAAUAUUCAAUCUUUAAUUCAACAACAGAUUCAGCAACAAGUCCAACAACCCGUUUAUCAACAAAAUAGUGUUCAACAACAAUCCUUUGAUACUAUUAUUCAACCUACUUACCAAGUAUAUUCAGAUAAUAAUAACACUUACAAUAAUGCUUCAAAUUCAGUAAACGGAACUAUUCCUGAUAAUAUUCAAGAUGCAGGAUUUCAGAAUUCUCCGUGA